AUGGAGGCCCAAACUUCCAAGGUCGUUCUUAUCGUGCCUAAACAGCAUGUCAAGACUGUAAAGUCUGCCCUGGAGCGGGCCGGACAGCUCGACCGGAGCACCAAGAUCAUACCUGACUUGGACAGCGAGAGAGUACCAGAUGUAGUCGCCAAUUCGACUGUUCCGACACAAGGUGCCGAUUCAUCGAAUGCAUCUCAGUCUGAAGCAGGCACUGUGGCAUCACUAGCAGAAGCCUCCCAUGCACCAUCAAAUCUCACACAGCAAGCCCGCUUUCCAAGACUCCAUUUUGACGCUACCAGUGGCGAGUAUGUCGACCAGUCAUUCUUAGAAGACAGAGCCCAGCGCGAAAACCAAAACAUUGGAAAUGAGACUUCGAGUCUGUUUGCCGAGACGCCUGGUGAUCGCGACAAUCAUAUCGGAUUCCCCACCCUGCAGUUCGAUGUGGUCAGAGGAGAGUAUGUCGAUCCUUCUACCAUGAAUGCGGAAGCCGACAAGGCUAAGGGACCUGAUCAAAAGCGCAUGCGUAUCCCCACGACCAUUCCGUACCCUACGCAAACAAACGACUCAAACGACAUCCUGGAUACGGAGGCUUUGAAGUCCAAGAUAACAGAAGAUCUCGCAUUGGGCGAGAUCUCCACAGACAUAUCCAUCUCACACCACAUCCGGAGUACGGCAGCAUCCGCGCAUGGGGCUCACCAAAGUCCCCUUCAUAAGGCUUUGGGAACCGCGCUUGCCUUGCUUCUGGAUCGUGCACCAGUAUCGCACACACCCACGGUUGAAGCUCUCGUCACAGCCUUCCCAGACGGAUAUUCAGUAUACAAGCCCAUGCUUCUCCUCCCUUACAACGCUUUAUCCUCAACACUAUGGCACACUCUUCUCACCACCUAUCCAGCCGACUCCAACGAGAUGAAAGCAGUAUGGCGAGAUAUGGCAAGUUCAGUAGGCGCAACACACGUCGCCAUCAACGCGCCUAUCCCGAUAUCCACGUCUUCAACACCAGCAUCAUCCACCACCACGACAGACAAAGAAAACAUACUACGCAGCCCAACCGAUCUCACACCUCUAUACGGCAAUUUCGGUCCUACACCAACUCCGCAAUUCAUCACCUCACCAUCAGCAACAGACUUUGCCUCCGCCCUCUGGGUGACUGCGCGCCAAAACGGUAUCUGGCAGACCUGGGCGCCGCUUUACACGAUGUUCAGCCGUGGCAAUGUGAAUGAGAAAGCGCGGAUCUUGAAUCUUCCUUCUGUGAGCGAGUUGGAUGGUGCUUCAACGGCCGUCGAUCUCUACGCUGGAAUCGGGUACUUCGCUUUCUCGUACAAGAAGAGCGGGGACAGACGGAAUGCAGGUAUCAAGCGAGUUGUCUGUUGGGAGAUAAACCCAUGGAGUGUUGAGGGACUGCGCAGAGGGGCGGAGAUGAAUGGGUGGACGUGUCGGGUGCUCAAAGAGGCAGAUAUACAGCGGCUUCGAGGGAGUUGCGUGGUGGACGAUUCCGAUCUCCAUCAAGCGGAUCUUGUGGUCUUUCAGACGAGCAACGAGAGUGCUGAGAUGGACUACGCGUUACUUCCGUCGCCUAAGCCGCCUGUUCGGCAUGUCAAUCUGGGGUUGUUGCCUUCCUCUAAGCUCUCCUGGGGCGUUGCGGUUGCCAUGCUUGACAAACAGCGUGGAGGUUGGAUACAUGUGCAUGAGAAUGUUGGCGUCAAAGACGUUGAGACGAGGCGGAAGGUUGUAGAAGAGGAAUUUCAGAGACUGGUGGAUAAGAGGGAUGCUACAACGAAAAGGAAGGCUCUGGUGGAACAUGUGGAGAAAGUCAAGAUGUACGCACCUGGAGUUGUGCACUGUGUGUUUGAUGUUGUCAUUGGAGGUGAUAUCUGA